AGAGUUUCUUAGUUCCAACUAGCACUUGAACGCGGCACGAUUCCUAGCCAAGUGGACGAUGUCAGUUUCUCGUAUAAAGGAAUUUAUGACAUUUUUAGAAUUUUACAACAUGUUUUAAAUAUAAUAGUUUGUUCGAAUAGAGCAGUAUGCAUGUCACGGAAUUGUGUUGAAUGCCCUAACGUUACAUAGGGGUGGGGGGGGGGGACGUGUUGGAAGUCCUAGCUAGCUAGUUAACGUUACUCGGACUGAGGCUAGCUGAAACGACCACCAUGAGAGGCAACGACAAGACGUGGAAAGUUUACUCCGAACCAAAGAUAACAGAGGGGUGACAAUAUUGCAGUACCACGAUACACCGGGGGACUUGGUGUCUGGGUAUGUCACACGAGUAACUCCACAGAGUUCCGAGCCACGCCUCGAGAGGAGAGAGAGCUGUCAACCAGGCAGUUGAGACAUGAUUUGGUUCUUUCAUCCGACAGAAUGGUACAAGUCAUAGCCAACGUGUGUUGUUUUGCUCCUUGAGCAAAGAGGUUGGAGUUGGAGGUAUCCCGAUGUGGGUAGUGCCUUGGCGGGCUGGGAGGGAACGAAUUAAUGAGAGGCAUAGGGUAGCAUAAGAGCACAUUCUCUUCCAGAGUCUGACAGCGCUGUCAAUACUUCACUUCACAAUUUGGAGCUAGGACUCGGGAGUUCGGCGAACAUUGGUGCUUUAGCAACACAGGACCAGCCAGCAGUCUGAUGUUAUGUUUUAUUUGAUGAAAUUAAACCAGAUCUACGAAGCUUGCUUAUUGAAGUGCAGGUCCUCAAAGAGAUAACUCGUGGUAACUUCUCUAUUUGGCUGCUGUGAGGGAGGCCAGUGCUGUUACUGGUGAGCAUUGAGACUUCUCCACCCCAGAAAGACAGACGGACGGAGUUCCCCUGCCCAGUGCCCCUGUUCUCCUUUUCAUGGAUGCCAGGCUGGCCCUGCUGCAGCUUGGGACUCUCCUGGUCCUCCUGUCCGCAGCACUGGAGUCGACUCCUAAGCUGACUGCUGGAGAGGAGGUCUACACUAACACCUGGGCGGUCCACAUAGAGGGGGGACCGCAGGAGGCUGACCGAAUUGCCAGGAAACACGGCUUCAUCAACCAUGGCAAUGUGUUCGGGGAUUAUUAUCACUUCCGUCAUCACACCGUAGUGAAGAAAUCCCUAUCAGGCCACAGGGGAACAUAUGUCCGACUGCAGAAGGAACCACAGGUGCGUUGGGUGGAGCAGCAGGUGUCGAGGCGGAGGAAAAAGAGGGAUGACUACAACGAACCUUCCGACCCCAAAUUCCCCCAGCAGUGGUACCUGGUGAGCAAGUCCAACCCCAGCGAAGCAGACCUGAAUGCCAGGGGAGCGUGGUCCCAGGGGUACACUGGGAGAGGAGUGGUGGUCACCAUCCUGGAUGACGGCAUAGAGAAAGACCACCCAGACCUUGCCUCCAACUACGACCCUGAUGCCAGCUAUGAUGUUAAUGAUGGAGACUCUGACCCCCAGCCACGCUACACACAGCGCAACGAGAACAGACAUGGAACACGGUGUGCUGGUGAGGUUGCUGCGGCUGCCAACAACGAUGUUUGUGGGGUGGGCGUGGCCUACAACGCCAAAAUUGGAGGUGUGCGUAUGCUGGAUGGAGAGGUGACAGAUGUGGUGGAGGCCCACUCCCUCAGCCUCAACUCGCAGCACAUCCACAUCUACAGCGCCAGCUGGGGCCCAGAGGAUGAUGGGAAGACGGUAGACGGCCCCGCCAAGCUGGCCAAGGAGGCAUUCCUCCGAGGAGUCACUGAGGGCCGCGGCGGGCUGGGCUCCAUCUUUGUGUGGGCGUCGGGGAACGGUGGUCGUGAGAAGGACAGCUGUAACUGUGAUGGUUACACCAACAGCAUCUACACCCUGUCCAUCAGCAGCACCACCCAGUACGGCAUGGUGCCCUGGUACAGCGAGGCCUGCUCCUCCACACUCGCCACCACCUUCAGCUCUGGGAACCCUAACGAGAAACAGAUAGUGACCACAGACCUGAGACAGAAGUGUACAGACACCCACACAGGGACGUCAGCAUCGGCCCCCCUGGCUGCUGGGAUCAUCGCCCUGGCUCUGGAGGCCAAUAUGAACCUGACGUGGCGGGACAUGCAGCACUUGGUGGUGAGAACCUCUCACCCCGCCCACCUCAGCACUGACGACUGGAGGACCAAUGGAGUGGGCCGCAAAGUGAGUCAUUCGUAUGGGUAUGGUUUGCUGGAUGCGGGGGCCAUGGUGGCUCUGGCUCAGAACUGGACCAGCGUGGGCCCACAGCACCAGUGUGUCCUCACCAUGCUCUCAGAGCCGAGGGACAUAGGUAGCCGGCUGCUGUUCAGUAAGACAUUGGACUCCUGCUGGGGCAGACCAGAGUAUGUCAACUCUCUGGAGCAUGUCCAGGCCCGCCUCACUCUCUCCUACAACCACAGAGGAAACCUGGCUAUACACCUCAUCAGCCCCCUAGGGACACGCUCUACCCUGCUGGCUCCCAGGCCUAAAGACUAUUCGCCAGAGGGAUUUAUUGACUGGGCAUUCAUGACCACCCACAUGUGGGAUGAGGACCCUCGAGGGGAGUGGACCCUGGAGAUCGAGAACGUCUCAGAACAAGGACACGACUAUGGUGAGUUGAGUCAGUUUACUCUGAUCCUGUACGGUACGGGCUCCAGCUCCAAUAACCCCUCGUCUCCUGACUUCCCCCGGCCUUCCAACAACAGCUGCAAGACCUUCGACUCCCAGCAGAUCUGCAUCGAGUGCAGCCUAGGCUUCUCCCUGUUCCUGCAGGGUUGUGUGAAGCUCUGUCCCCCCGGCUUCACCACGGGCCCCCAGCUCCUCAACAUGUCCCUGGACAACUGGGUGGACUUGUCCUCCGUCCAGUCCUGCCUGCCAUGCCACCCUGCUUGCCUCACCUGUUCCGGCCCCGGGCCCAGCGAUUGCCUCUCUUGCCCCCCUCACAGCCACCUGGUCCUCACCGCCUGCCUGCACCAGAACCAGAUCCAGCGCAAGUCCCCCACUGGCCCCGACCUCCAGGGAGAUGUGGGUGGACCAGGGGAAAGCCCAGUGGGGUUAGAGCAGGGGAGAGGUGGGGGAGUGGGGGAGCCUCCAGGACCUAUCCUGGCCCUGUCCUCCCCUCUGGCCACCCUCCUGGCUGUGCUCAGCUGUGCCUUCAUCCUGGCAGCCUUUGCCGGGGUCUUUUUUAUGCUGCAGCUGCGCACUGGUGGCGCCCCUUGGGCCCGGAGGACCAAACUGCAGUCUGUGGAGACGGGGGGAUGGGCCUCGGGGGGCUUCGGCCUGGGGCUAGGCUGGGAGAGGCAGGGCAGGGUAUCCUAUAAGGGGAUCCCCACCGUGUGGGUUGACGAGGACCAGGUAACAUUGGGGGGCUCUGAUUCCGACAGUGAAGAGCUGAACUGCCACAGUGAGAGGACUGCCUUUAUCAGGACACAGAGCUCUCUCUAGCCCCCUCUCUGACCCCUACAUCUGGAGGAAACUCUCUUCAGAGGGUUUGGUCUCUCCAGCCCCUCCCUCUGCUAGAGCUCAUGGGUCUGUAGUGUGAGUCUGGUUUAGGCAUUGUCCCUGGCUAAUAGACAGAGAUUCUGAUCCAGGGAUGUAAUGGCUCAGCCCAGCAAGCACCUCCUGGUCCACUGAUUCACCCUCAAGCAUUAAUCAACUGAAAAUGUUUUUGUUUUAUAAUGACUAUAUAGAUAUAUAUUAUUUUUGUUGUAUUUUUUGCUUUUAAACACUUGAAUAAGAUUAUUUGCCCUGGCCCAAGGGUCUAGGUAAAGGUAAAGUACAGUUUUCACUAUUAUUUCCCAUUGACCUUUAGUUUAUUGUAGAAAGGCCAAUUUCUGUAUUUUGAAAGUUGCAUAUCUUGAAAACUUGAUUGCUGUGACAUGCAAAACAUUUUGGGACUAUAUCAACAAUGGACUAAUGAAACAAAAGAUAGUUUUGGGGUGGAGUUUUCCUUUAAGCAGAUGUCAAAAGAUAUGUCCGUAUGUAUUAGUAUACAUGUGUGCCUAUGUGACAGUGACUUUGUAGACAAGAACUGAAUAGCCUCCCAACACAGUUUCUGAUUGGAUGAGGACCACAACAGGGUUUUAUUUAAUGUGCGAGAAUGAGAGAAAGUUGCAGAUUUGGGCACCGAUAAAUGCCUACAUUUGAACGCAGUGGCUGUACAGUAACAUGCUACACAUGACGUCAGACCUCAAGCUCUGCGCUUCACAGCGCCGGAUGGGUUUCGACUGACAGCGGUUCUGCACUUGAACACCGCACGCGAUAUGAAGUUGCCCCAAUCUCGCUCACUAAUUGGGCAACUUUUUUUGUUGACUGAGUGAGGGAAAGCUGUAAAUUAAUGACACUAUGUAUUUUGAAAGAUGAGACGUUGAGGAUUAUAACUAAAUACUGUUUUGAUGUCAUACAAGCAAGCCAAACACCCAUGAGUCCAAAUGUGUACUUCACAUUUCCGUAUAUGAUCUAUAUUUAAGGUACAGUUACAAGAUCACAUGGCGUCAUACCCUGGGUUAUUCUGAACAGGGACAAUGGGUUGUGUUCCAAACAAAACAACUUCAAGUGUGCUUGCUCUAGUUCCUCAACGGCACAUCUAGGAGAGCUCAAAACAGCAGCUUAUAGUUGAAGGCUGUUCUUUGAGUCAUAUAAGUGCAUUGAAAUUACUUAGGAAACGUGCUUUGGAGAGGUGUGUGGCCACUUGGAGACACCAGUUAGUCCUCUCACUCUCACUCUUAUCAGUAGUGCUAAGCGAUUUUCGAUGUCGGUUUCGAUGUUUUUUUUUACAUGAAAUGCUCUAUGCAUUAUGUAGGUUGAAUGCUGUAACAACACAGAAUAAAACAAUUAAUAAAAUACAAUGAUGGUAGUGACUGCCCAUUACUGUUUAUCACUUAUGAACCAUCAUUUAUUCACAUUACUUUAAUAAAAUAUUUAAGUUGUUGUGUA